AGAAACAUUACCUGGCAAGCAACAAUGUAGACAUUGUGAAAUCAACAGUUUCCGUUUUUGUAGACUUAUUCGGCUGAUCAAGCUUUGGAUCCAGAAUGUGGUCAGACACCUUAUUAAUACUCGUAAUUUCCAUAUUCACGGCCUUGCUGAGCGAAGGUUUGACAUGGCUGAUGGUGUACAGAACCGACAAGUACCAGAAACUAAAGGCCGAAGUUGAGAAACAAAGCAAACGACUGGAAAAGAAAAAAGAGGCUCACGGUGAGGCAGCCGCCCGACAACAGAAAAAGAAAAUAGAGCGGGAAGAAGAGAAGUUGAAGAACAAUAACAGGGACCUCUCACUUGUGAAAAUGAAGUCAAUGUUUGCAAUAGGCUUUGCCUUUACAGCCCUUCUCAGCAUGUUCAAUUCAAUCUUUGAUGGCCGGGUUGUCGCCAAAUUGCCAUUUGUGCCAAUUUCCUGGAUCCAAAGCCUCUCGCACAGAAAUCUGCCUGGAGAGGACUAUACAGAUUGUUCCUUUAUCUUUCUUUAUAUCCUCUGUACCAUGUCCAUCAGGCAGAAUACACAGAAGCUGCUUGGCUUUGCUCCCUCUCGAACAGCAAAUAAGCAGAGUGGUACCCUCUUUUCACCAGGGCCUCAGCAAUUGACCAGAUAAAUUCACCCGUCCAAAAUUGUGUGGAAAUAAAACUUCUGAAGUGUGA